AUGGGAGUCAUCGAAACUCUAGCUGGGAUAGGUAUGGCCGUUGGGCCUCCGCUCAUCUAUGCAGACCAGGCAUACAGUAUCGUAAAGAAGAAAGACUCCUCAGGUUUCUCACACGACGUAUGCGGUGUACUGCUCAUAGCCAACAUAAUACGUGUCUUCUUCUGGCUAGGAAACAGGUUCGAAAUACCACUACUCAUCCAAUCUCUCCUCUUGAUAAUAUCCCAACUUGUCCUCCUAGCUAUUUGUCUCCACUACAAAACCCCUUCCGAAUCAUCCAACUACGCCCCCUUAUCGCCCUUACCGACAACACCAGAAGACCCUUCAACGAGGGGGCAUGCAAGGCAGGAUUCGGAUUACAUAGACCAACCGCCUACCUCUAUGAGUGGGAGCGGGAAGAGUAAAAGACCUUUUGAGUUUUGGCAAUGGGAGGGAUAUGGAAGUUAUCUCGAGUUUCUGGCUGCUCUGAUACUUGCAUUGGGAGUUUUACAGGUGAUACUGGGGAGAUGGAUGUGGUAUAUCGAUGCAUUGGGUUUCGUUGCUCUUACGAUCGAAUCAACGUUACCAAUCCCACAAUUUAUAUCCAAUUUCAAGCGUAAAUCAUGUUAUGGAUUCAGAUCUUCCACACUAGCAGGCUGGUUCUUCGGUGAUGCGUACAAGACCGUCUACUUCUUCAUCAGGGGAUCACCAAUACAGUUCAAAGUGACUGCGAUUUUGACAUUAUGUUGGGACAGCGCUGUACUCGCUCAACGUGUCAUGUACGGGUCCAACCCUCCUCGAGAAACUUCCACUCAAUUCCCUUCCUCCAAUCCGGAGGGAUCAAGAAGUCUGAGAUCAGAUGGAGAAGAAAGGCAAUUCUCGAUCCAAUGA